GAGCUUUGUACAAAUACUAAUUUCUCUUUCUUUUCUUCUCUUCUACUAGCUCUAUUUGUUAGUUCAUUUUAAUAACAAUGGCUUCCUUAAGGUGGUUGUUGUUGUUAUUGCCAUUGAUCCUGCUUGAAUCCUUUUCAAGUUCGGUCAUGGCAGCAAAAACAAGGCAUUUUAAAUGGGACGUGGAGUAUAUUCAUUGGUCACCAGAUGGUGAAGAAAGUGUAGUGAUUGGAAUAAAUGGACAAUUUCCUGGUCCAACUAUUAGGGCGCGUGCUGGGGAUAUAAUUGCUGUUGAGCUCACUAAUAAGCUUCAUACUGAAGGUGUUGUCAUUCAUUGGCAUGGAAUCCGACAGCUUGGAACACCAUGGGCUGAUGGAACUGCAGCGAUUUCUCAAUGUGCCAUUAAUCCUGGAGAGACAUUCGUCUAUAGGUUUGAAGUUGAUAAGGCAGGGACAUACUUUUACCAUGGACAUUAUGGAAUGCAAAGAUCAGCAGGACUAUAUGGUUCACUCAUAGUGGAUGUUGCACAAGGUGAAAAAGAACCAUUCCAUUAUGAUGGAGAAUUCAAUUUAUUGCUAAGUGAUUGGUGGCACAAAGGUUCACAUGAACAAGAAGUUGACCUCUCUUCUAAACCUCUUCGUUGGAUUGGUGAACCCCAGACAUUGUUGAUAAAUGGGAGAGGUCAAUACAAUUGUUCAGUUGCGGCGCAGUUUAGCAAACCACCGCUUCCACAGUGCAAGUUAAGAGGGGGUGAGCAGUACGCACCCCAGAUACUGCGUGUGCGUCCCAACAAGACAUACAGGCUUAGGUUAGCCAGUACCACUGCAUUGGCUUCACUCAACUUGGCAAUUGGGGGUCACAAGAUGGUGGUGGUGGAGGCAGAUGGAAACUAUGUUCAACCAUUUUCAGUACACGACAUGGACAUUUAUUCAGGUGAAAGUUAUUCAAUUCUUUUCACCACAGAUCAAGAUCCUUCCAAAAACUAUUGGAUUUCAAUAAAUGUAAGAGGAAGAGAACCAAAAACACCUCAAGGCCUCACCCUAUUGAACUACCUCCCAAAUUCUGCAUCCAAAGUCCCAACAUUACCCCCACCUAUUCCACCCCUUUGGAAUGACUACAACCGUAGUAAGUCAUUUUCUAACAAAAUUCUUGCCCUAAUGGAAUCACCUAAGCCACCACAUUACAACCAUCGUCGUAUUAUUCUUCUCAAUACUCAAAAUAAAAUCGAUGGUUACACAAAAUGGGCUAUAAAUAAUGUGUCGUUAGUCUUACCAACAACACCCUAUUUAGGGUCCAUUCGAUAUGGGAUAAACAACGCGUUUGACACGAGACCUCCACCGGACAAUUUCCCUAAAGACUAUGAUGUCAUGAAACAAGCACCAAAUUCUAAUUCUACAUAUGGCAAUGGUGUGUAUAUGCUAAAGUUCAAUACUACAAUUGACAUUAUUCUCCAAAAUGCAAAUGCCUUAGCUAAAGAUACAAGUGAAAUUCAUCCAUGGCAUUUGCAUGGACAUGAUUUUUGGGUUUUGGGAUAUGGAGAGGGAAAGUUUAUUCAAAAAGAUGUUGAGAAAUUCAACUUGAAGAAUCCACCAUUGAGAAAUACUGUUGUGAUAUUUCCUUAUGGAUGGACUGCACUAAGAUUUAAGGCGGAUAAUCCAGGGGUAUGGGCUUUUCAUUGUCAUAUUGAACCACAUUUGCAUAUGGGCAUGGGAGUUGUCUUUGCUGAAGAUGUUCAUCUUGUCAAGAAAAUACCUAAAGAAGCUCUGGCUUGUGGUUUAACAGGGAAAGUGUUCAUGAGUAGCAAGCAUAAUUAGUUAUUGUUGAAUUAGAAUUUGGUUUUUGAUGAAGUUUAGAUUAGAGGGGUUUUCUUUCUUUUCUUUUUAGUUUUAUCUUUUUGAUGAUUUUUGUAAUUUAAUUCCGGCUCCUGAAGGUGAGAGGAAAUGUGUAGAAAUUGUGUGAUGUGGUUAUUUAUUUUGAGCGUGACUUGUGAUUUAUAUUUAACUUGUUUUUGGAGGUGAAGCAAUAUUAAAUUGUGUGCUAUUAAGAGAAGGGCCUCAAGGUUAUAUCGGAAUGUAUUGAAUUGUGUAUAA